GUUGAGUUCGAGUUUCCUACCUUCUAUAGAAACAGGAAUAAAUAUUCUUCUUCCUUUUUAUUUUAUUUUUCCCCUUCGAUCAAAGCAGAAUCUGGGAACCUCUCUAAAACCCUAUUAAAGCUCGUCUCUCUCUCUCUCUCUCUCUCGCCCUCCUCAUCUCGAGUUCCCAAACCUAAUCAUACAUAUCUCGAAAAGCUUCCUCCUUUUCUAGCCGAAUUCUCCAUACCCCCUCGGUUCACUUUCUCUGCAGAUAUGGCUACCGAGGAAAUUGUUCAUGCGGCUGAAGUCUCUAAGGCCUUUCUUGAUCAGUACUAUCAUAUUAUCGGAAUAAUGCCUGAGGAAGCUCGUAAGUUUUAUGUCGAUGCUAGCGUUGUCACCAGACCAGGACCUCAUGGUACUAUGAUGUCUUGUACUUCCGUUGAGGCUAUCAACGAGCACUUCGUUUCGUCUAACUAUGAGGGUACGACCUUUGAGGUUCUGAGUGUGGAUUCUCAGAACUCAGUGGAAGAUGGAGUGUUCAUAAUGGUGAUUGGUCUCUCAACCGUAAAAGACAACAAGAAGAGGAAGUUUUUCCAAAUGUUCUACCUGGCACGUCAAACCACGGCCUACGUUGUCCUCAAUGACAUCCUCCGUUACGUCGACGAGCAGGCUUCCACUCCAAUAACUCCACCAGUUGUUGAACCUGUGCCAGAAGUUGAGAUUGCGAAGCCAGUUGAGGAGAUAAGCAACAAAAGUGAUGCUUCUGCUGAGAACUCUGUUGUUGCUUCUGAAGUAAAGAAGGUUGCUGAGAACGUUGUUGUUGAUGCUGCUUCUCCAUUGGACAAUGGAAAGACCAAGCAGUCUGAUGAGAAAGAUGUUGCUGCUCAGAAACCGAGAGAGCCCGUUGCUGAAACAGCUGCUGCUCCUCAGCUUGAUGGAGGCAAGAAAUCUUAUGCUGCGAUGGUUGAAUCACUGGCAAGAAACGCUGCUCCAUUUCAAGUUAAAGCAGCUGUUCAGAAACCUAGACUCAUGGGACAACCACGUGCAGCUGCAGCACCUCGAGCACCUGCAUCUACUGCUGCUGCUGCACCUCGAGCACCUGCUGCUUCCGUUGGUAAAUUUGAAAAGAAGAAUGAUCAGAGGAUGAUUGAAGAGCCAGGAACUUCGAUAUUCGUGUCGAAUCUUCCAAUGGAUGCUGUGCCGCCUCAACUCCAUGAACUGUUCAAGGAUUUUGGUCCUAUCAAAGAACAUGGGAUUCAAGUCAGAAGCAACAGGGGUUCAGGAGUUUGCUUCGGUUUUAUUGCCUUUGAAUCUGCAACCUCUGUCCAGAGCGUGCUUCAGGCUGCCAAGAACAAUCCCUUCAAGCUUGCAGAUCGUACUCUUCUUGACUAUGAUGGACGCAAACCUUCCGGUGGAAGAAGCGGAGGUGGAAGCAAGACUCAGAACGGCUCUGCAGACGGCGGAGAUGAGCUGAGGCGUAACAGAAACCGUAGGAACGGUGGCAGAAACGAGAGAAGAGGAGACCGCAACGCAAAUGGAGACAGUAACCAGAAAAACAGUGAAGGAGGAGCAGCUCCUGAGGUUCAAGCUUGAUGCUCUCCUCUGAAAACAACACCACAAACACAAGAACAGUUAUAAUUUGCAGCCUUCUUAGAAAAUUUAUUAUUUUAAGAGAUAAAGGAAGUGCUUGCAAGUUGAGAUUAUUUUUCUACAUUACAGAUUCAUAUCACUUUACCUUUUUUAGGUUCUUUUUUUUUGUUUUUUUUUACUCCUUAUGGGACUCAACAUACAAAUUCUUCUGUUUUUCUUUUUCUUUUUCACCAGACAAUUGUUCUUCUGUCUUUUGGUUUCCUUCUAUAUUCCAAAUUUUUUAUUCGAAUAUUCUUCUUUCUUAUUAUAGCUAUCGGUCAAUUGUGUAA